CGGUUUGGCAACGUUCGUCAGCGCUGCUGGUUGUCCCGACGACCCACCUUUUUGCGCCGGUACCGAAGAACUGUUUCAAUUAAUGUUUCGAAAGGAUCUCGAUAAGAUGCAGGGAUUUGAUCAGUCACUUCGAUAUGAUUAG